GCGGGGCGCAGGAGGGGCUCCACGGUGCCCAGCCAGGCAGCACCCCACAGGGCUGUGGCUGAUCAACUCCUGCUAGCGUGGAGAGAGAAUCAGCUGGAGGACCCUUCUUCCCUUCUUUGUGGCGGUCACUGAGAGUUCUCACCGAUUUGGCAAGCCGUGGGGCCUGAGAGAAACAAGGGUAAGACACCAGCUGUCCUGGACAAGAGUCCUGCCUUUGACAUUUGUCAAGCUCUCGGCUCCUCUACUAGGCUGCAGAAAUGGAAAUACUGUGAAACAACAACAACAAAAAAAAAUCAGUGUCUUCUCUCACCCCUUUGCAGACAUCAGCACGACAGUUUCAGAUGGGCCCUGGUGUGGUGGUUCCUUUCUUAGCUAGGAAUUGAUGCCCCAGAACCUUCAGGAGAAGAGCCAGGCCUACCCCAGACAUCGACUUGGUAGCCACGCAGGCCCUAAAAGUCUCGAAGUUAUCCCAGGAGCAACCAUGUACACUUUCCUGCCUGACAAUUUUUCACCUGCCAAACCCAAGCCCACUAAAGAGCUGAGGCCUCUGCUAUGCUCCGUGGUACUGGGACUGCUGCUGGUGCUGGCCGCAGUUGUGGCCUGGUGCUACUACAGCGCCUCCCUACGCAAAGCUGAACGUCUGCGCGCAGAGCUGCUGGACCUGAACCGUGGCGGCUUCUCCAUCCGUAACCAGAAGGGUGAGCAAGUCUUCCGCUUGGCCUUCCGUUCGGGUGCGCUGGAUCUUGACUCCUGUAGCCGGGACGGUGCCCUGCUUGGCUGCUCCCGAACGGCCGAUGGGCGCCCGCUGCACUUCUUUAUCCAGACUGUACGACCCAAGGACACUGUAAUGUGCUACCGCGUGCGCUGGGAGGAAGCUGCACCAGGGCGUGCUGUAGAGCACGCGAUGUUUCUGGGAGAUGCUGCAGCGCACUGGUAUGGUGGCGCAGAGAUGAGGACGCAACACUGGCCCAUCCGCCUAGAUGGCCAGCAAGAGCCGCAGCCAUUUGUCACGAGCGACGUCUACUCUUCUGACGCCGCAUUCGGGGGCAUCCUUGAGCGCUACUGGCUCUCUUCCCGCGCGGCCGCCAUCAAAGUCAAUGAUUCAGUGCCCUUCCACCUGGGCUGGAACAGCACCGAGCGUUCGAUGAGAUUGCAGGCACGCUACCACCACACAUCUUACAAGCCACCAGCCGGCCGGACUGCAGCGCCAGAGCUCAGCUACCGCGUGUGCGUGGGCUCAGAUGUCACGUCCAUCCACAAGUACAUGGUUCGACGUUACUUCAACAAACCGUCCAGGGUACCAGCGUCAGAGGCCUUCCGAGACCCCAUUUGGUCCACGUGGGCUCUGUAUGGGCGCUCUGUGGACCAGAACAAGGUGCUGCAAUUCGCCCAGCAGAUCCGCCAGCACCGCUUCAACAGCAGCCAUCUGGAAAUCGAUGACAUGUACACGCCGGCCUAUGGCGACUUUGAUUUCGACGAGAGCAAGUUCCCCAACGCCACUGACAUGUUCCACCGCCUGCGAGAUGCUGGCUUCCGCGUCACACUUUGGGUGCAUCCGUUUGUCAACUAUAACUCGUCGCGUUUCGGCGAAGGUGUGGAGCGCGAGCUGUUCGUGCGCGAGCCCACGGGCCGCUUGCCCGCGCUCGUGCGCUGGUGGAAUGGCAUUGGCGCGGUGCUGGACUUCACGCGCCCAGAGGCCCGAGAGUGGUUCCAGGGACACCUACGGCGCCUGCGCUCGCGCUACAACGUGGCCUCCUUUAAGUUCGACGCGGGUGAAGUCAGCUACCUGCCCCCGGACUUCAGCACCUACAAGCCUCUGUCUGACCCCAGUGUGUGGAGCAGGCGGUACACCGAGAUGGCGCUGCCCUUCUUCUCGCUAGCCGAGGUCCGCGUGGGGUACCAGUCACAGAACAUCUCCUGCUUCUUCCGUCUAGUGGACCGGGACUCGGUAUGGGGCUACGACCUGGGGCUGCGCUCUCUCAUCCCUGCGGUGCUCACCGUCAGUAUGCUGGGCUAUCCGUUCAUCUUACCUGAUAUGAUAGGUGGCAACGCGGUGCCGGAGCGCACAGCGGGCCGCCCAGAUGGGCCGGGGCCAGAGCGCGAACUCUAUGUGCGCUGGCUAGAGGUGGCCGCCUUCAUGCCUGCCAUGCAGUUUUCAAUCCCUCCUUGGCAGUAUGACGCAGAAGUGGUAGCCAUCGCACACAAAUUCGCUGCUCUGCGCGCCUCCCUCGUGGCGCCACUGCUGCUGGAGCUUGCUGGUGAGGUCACCGACACGGGCGACCCCAUCGUGCGCCCCCUGUGGUGGAUCGCACCCGGGGAUGAAACGGCUCACCGCAUUGACUCACAGUUCCUCAUCGGGGACACACUGUUGGUGGCACCGGUGCUGGAACCUGGUAAGCAAGAGCGCGAUGUCUACCUGCCUGCCGGCAAAUGGCGAAGUUACAAGGGUGAGCUUUUUGACAAGACGCCUGUGCUGCUCACGGAUUACCCUGUCGACCUGGAUGAGGUCGCCUAUUUCACCUGGGCUUCCUGACCCAGCUCAGAACCUAGGAAUCCCACAGCCCUAACCCCAGCCUUCAUACAAACUUUUAAUCCUCUACCACGCGCGAAUGGUGAACCCUCAGGAAGACCCCACCUCUAUACCAUCUAGGAAGUGGGCACCGACUUUAAAGUGCUCCAGCCAACAGCUGUAGGUGAGACCUGGGAGGGGAGGUAUUGAAACAACCCCUGCACCAGCACACAAUCCUAAGAGUCCCGGUUCCUUGACCAUUUGCUUCAGUCUGCAGAAAGCCUCUCCCUUGGGUUGGAGGGCAGAGAACUGAGAGGACAAAGAUCUGUUCUUUGUGUUACACAGGGUCUGGUUUUAAAAGCACAGAAAGAAACCUCUCCUCCCCCCUGGUCUCUGUAGCCAUCCUUGUCCUCUGAAAUGAGGAACCAAUCCUCUUUUAAAGUUCCCAAAUAGUUUUCUACCAUAUUUAGAAAGUGUACCUUUAGCCCGGUGUUGGAGGCAUAUGCCUUUAAUACCAGCAUUCAGGAAGCAGAGAGACAGGUGGAUCUCCGAGAUCAAGGCCAGCACAGUCUACAGAGCGAGUUCCAGGAAGCCAGCGCUACGCAGAGAAACUCUAUCUCCAAAAAACUGAAGGAAGGAAGGAAGGAAGGAAGGAAGGAAGGAAGGAAGGAAGGAAGGAAGAAGAGAAAGUCUACCUUCUUGAUGACGGCAGCUAAGCCAUGACCUCCCAGCACACACCUGAACAGUGACUGACCUGCUCUUACUCGAUCUGGGGAAGAAAGAUACAGAUGUUUGGUUUGGCCAGCUGACCAGGAAGCAAAAGGCCUCUUCCCAGUCCAUAGGAGAGUUGAACUGAACUAAUGUUCUCUGUCUGUGAGAAAGAUUCCUAACAUUGCGUUAACAUAUUUGUAUGUAUUCAGACCCAGACCUGGGCCAGAUAUGCCUAGUAGAUAGACUUGCAGGGCCAUGCAGGCCAGACUCGUUGCCUUAAUUCAAGAACCUGUGUCUAUGUGUAUGUACACAUACUUCUGUCAGGGCAGUGGGGAGGGAGAGAGGGAGAGAGGGGCCCACCAUGGGUCUCUGAAAUAUUCCUGAGGCUAGAUAAGCCUAGAGGGAGGAUACGGAGGCAGCCUCAGGGCUUUGAUUAUUGAUCUAAGCCCCAUCUUAGGUAGACUCCCUAGGAUACUGCCAAACCCAGUUUAAGAGUUUAAAACUGGAGAACUGGGCUGAGGAACUGACGCAGGAAGACAAGCCUGACUACCUGAGUUCAACCUAACUCCUGUUGUAAAAGGAGAGAACGAACAGUAGGGUAAGCCCUUUAAGAUUACCCAGCUGCCUCGCUGCACACAGGCUCUGAGUGUAGCCCGAAUGGGAAAACCGUGUUCUAUGCUGGCAGAGAUGUGCUUGGCACACGAAUGACAUUACACGCUGAUAACCUGCCAGCACACGUACGGGGUAGGGGCUUUCAUCUCAGUAAUUCUCUUGUUCUAAGAAGAUCAACUCCAGCUACCGUGAGGUGAGUUUUUCCUGAUUUGCCAGAGAAGGUGGGGAAUGAAGUGGGGCUCAGCUUCCCUCUCAGAGCCUGUGCCCGAAUCAUUCAUUUUCUCUGGGUGAAAGGUCCUGGUGAGAGCUUCAGGGCUCCCCAGACGCCCAUCUCCAUGCCAAUUCUUUUGUCUCUUUUCCUUGGCAAUGCUGAAGCUAGAACCCAGGGCCCCAAGCAUACUAAGCAAGCAUUCUUCCUCAGCUCUAUCCUCGGUCUUCAGCCAGCCGGGUGACCUUGAAUAAGCUGCUGCCUACCCCACUGAGCCUCAGUGUUUUCUGUGUAAGGGUGAUGUAAUGCCUACCUCUAAGGUCACUUUAAUAAUAAGCACAGACAUAGGGAAAGUGCCUGACACCAAGUAGGUGCUCAAUAAAAGAUAGCUAUUGUA